UGUAGGAAGUGAAUUCCAUACCGUCACUCUGAUCUUUCUUCAUUCUGCACUCACUUCACUCAGAGACGCCAAUGAGGAGCUUUUAAACAGUGACUGUAUGUGUUUGUUUCUUGCUGUGUGAUUCUGAAAGGAGCUAAAACUCACUCAGUGGGUUGAAGGGCUACGGUGGCUGAUUCUCAACUGAGCUGCUCUGAUCAUUACAGACAUCCUGAAAGUGAAAGUGGAGUUUGGACUGAACGAGCCAUUACAGAGAAACAGCUCAGCAACAGUUGGAGGAAAUGGCUGCUAGAAACCCUCUUUCAGAAGAAGAGCUUUCAUGUCCUGUGUGCUGUGACAUCUUCAGGGAUCCUGUUGUUCUGUCGUGCAGCCACAGUGUGUGUAAAACCUGCCUGCAGAAGUUCUGGGAAACUAACCAGUCUCAAGAAUGUCCAGUUUGUAGAAGAAGAUCCUCUAAAGAUAACCCUCCCUUUAAUUUUACACUGAAGAACCUUUGUGAGGCUCUUCUAGCAAGCAGGGGUCAGAGAUCUUCAACAGGGUCUGAGGUGCUUUGCAUUCUGCACAACGAGGAGCUCAAACUCUUCUGUUUGGAUGAUCAGCAGCCUGUGUGUUGGGUGUGUCAGACUUCAUCGAAACACAAAAAUCACAAUUGCUGUCAAAUAGAUGAAACUGUGACUGACUUUAAGAAUAAACUCAAGACUGCUUUGGAGCCUCUACAGAAGAAUCUGAAAGUCUUAGAGGAAGCUAAACAAGACUUCGACCAAACAGCAGCUCACAUUAAGACGCAGGCCCAGCACACAGAGAGGCAGAUAAAGGAGGAGUUUGAGAAGCUUCACCAGUUUCUAAGAGAUGAAGAAGCAGCAAGGAUAGCUGCACUGAAGGAGGAAGAGGAGCAGAAGAGCCAGAUGAUGAGGAAGAAGAUUGAAGAGAUGAAUGGAGAAAUAUCAGCUCUUUCAGACACAAUCAGGAACAUAGAGAAGGAGAUGGAGGCUGGGGACAUUCUGUUCUUACAGAACUUCAAGUCCACAGAGAAACAAGCUCAGCUCACACCAAAGGAUCCAGAGAAGACAUCAGGAGCUCUGAUCAAUGUUGGGAAGCACCUUUCCAACCUGAAGUUCAGAGUGUGGGAGAACAUGCAGGAGGUUCUCCAGUACACCCCUGUUACUCUGGACCCCAAUACUGCACAUCCACACCUCCACGUGUCUGAUGAUCUCACUGCUGUAGAAAAGAGAAACCAGAGAGCAUCACUUCCUGAUAAUCCAGAGAGAUUUGAUAAGUGGGAUUGUGUUCUGGGUUCUGAGGGUUUCAACUCAGGGGUUCACUGCUGGGACGUCCAGGUUGGAGACAGUCAUCGUUGGGAGCUGGGUGUGAUACCAGAGUCUGGAACAAGAAAAGGACACUUUUUUCAGAGUUCAGAGUUGAGUCUUAACUACAAUAAAAACAUUAAUAAAUACUGGAUACAGUGCCCAGGAUACCCAAUUCACAAUCUUAGACCUACAGAGAAGCUGCAGAGGGUCAGAGUUCAGCUGGACUGGGACAGGGGUGAAGUGACAUUCACUGAUCUUCUAACCAACACAUACCUGCACACUAUAACACACACUUUCACUGAGAGAGUUUUACCUGCUUUCUGUAAUGCAUCUGUUCAUCCUCUGAGGAUCUUACCAGUGAAGACGUCAGUAACAGUGGGCCUUUUCUGAAAAAGACGUCAUCUGGAUGGCAGCAUAUGUUGCCCCAAAACCUGUAUAUAUUGUUCAGCAUUAAUGAUGCCUUCACAGAUAUGCCAGUCACCCAUGCCACUAAUGCAUCCACAUACCCUCAUGGAUACUGGCUUUAUAACUGUGUGCUGAUAAAAAAAAAAAAAAAAAACUUUCCACUUUGCCUUAGUCCAUUUUCAGUUUGGAGUUUUAACUUGCAUGACUGGAUGUAGCGAUGAAUGCAUGGGCCCAAAGACCACGGCAUGCCAAUAUUGUUUUUCAGCCUUGUACUUUGCAUGCAGAGAAUUAUUUAAUGAUAUUAUACACUGUAGAGGAUGAAACUCCCAAGUUCUUUGUUAUUUUAUGUUGUGAAACCUUAUUCUUCAGUUGUUACAAUAUUUGCCCACCCAGUCUUUCCCAGAGUGGUGAAUACCUCCUCCUUUUCUUCAGAAAGACUCAGUCUCUCCGGGAUGUUCUUUUUAUUCCAAAAGCAUGUUACUGAUCUGUUGACAAUUAACCUACUUAGUUGAGAGAUGUUCUACCAGGUGUUUUAUUUUCUGUAGUACACAACUUUCCUAGUUUUUGUUGCCCCUGUUCCAACUCUUUGAUAUGUGUUGCUGGCAUCCAAUUCAAA